GUCAUGGAGAGGGGGGUGGGGGUAGUGAGCGCGGCCUUAUGCGUUGUAAGGAAUGUGGUUGUGGCUGGGAGCGUUGCCGGGUUAACAGCGGGCCCCUGCUGUCGUGUCCGUCUCUCGCCCGUGGCCCCGUUACUCCCCCGUCAGACUACGGCGACGACGACGGCGGCGACGACGAUUUGAAGGGAACCAUUAACAUUGUUGCGUGUGCCGAUCGCCGCCUCGCGCGCACGGCCGCUCGUCGUACGAGCGAUGGACGCGGAGGACCUGAGCGAGGUGCUCACGGAGGACGGCAGGAACGCGAAGGCGGUGCUGUGCCCGCGAUGCGACUCGCAAGUUCUCAGGCCGCGCGCCGCCACCAUCGUCCACAAGCAGAUGACGCUGCCAAGCAUGAAGAAGUCGGCAGUGGCGGCGGCGGAGGGAGGAGUGGCGCCAGAACCGGAGCUCCUGAACCAGCACUGGGUGGUGAACGACAUGUACGCCUUCGAGAACGUCGGCUUCACGCACACGCUCGCCGGGGCCAACGUCAAGUACCUGGCAUGCGCCGACUGCGAGGCCGGACCCAUCGGCUGGCACUGCCUGGACGACCGCAGCAGCUACUACGUCGCGCUGGGGCGCGUCAAACACGGUUGACGACGCGACGCGCGGCUCGGAGGGGGGGGGGGGGGAAGAUUGUAAACGGCCCGUCAGAGACUCUUGAGCUGAAAGUCUGCGGGGGUUUGAGUCUGAUUAGCUUGCCACUUGCUGGUCCUCGGGGGGUUUAUUGAAUCGAUGGCUUCAGCCCAGUAACGUACGACGGCACGGUCACCAGUGAUUACAUUUUGGCGGAGUGGCUCGGAUGUCAGAGGUUAGAGGCUGAGCUGGCACCGCUGAGAUCUCGGGUUCCAAUCGGGGCAGCUGGCUGUGGUUAAACCACAUUCUCAAGUGCAGUAAGUUGAUGGUCUCUGCCCGUGCAUGAGUGACUGCACGGGAAAAAAAAAGCCUAAAUUGGUUCCGUACUCAAUUUGACUACAAUUCCUGAAGAUUAAAGUUUCAGAUUAACUCAUGAAACAAACAUUGCUCUUUGUAGCAGGGUGGGUGGGGAAAAGUGCUGACCAGAGGUCCACUUGCAGGGAUCUUGGAAAUAGUUCUGUGGUAUCCGCUUCCACAGGCCUUUCUCCCAAAAAGGAGGGUGGCAUUGCUUUGUAUGAAAUUCAAAUGGAUACUUUGUCUUGUGACGUUGUGCCGAGAGCACAAAAGGGAUAUAUUGGCGUGGGGGGGGGAAUAAAAAAUGGGGUUUCACGUCAUCAUUCCUGAGCUGGAGGCUGAAAGUUAAGUUUUAUUGUUGCAUCAUUGAAAAGGGCAUACAAGAGCGCUCUUACUAUAUGUGGGAGGGAGACUGCAGUGACUGACACCUCAUCCUCUGGGGCCAUUUCCUGGCACGAUGUGAUGUUAAGACUACGUGCUGUGAGAGUUUCAGAUGAAGUGUAACAACGUGACACAUUACAAGAAGAACAUGAAUGUUCGUGAUAAUGUUUUAAAUUUUUAAUGAUGCGCACGUGUGAGCAUAUCUGCGUCCAACACAUUCAUGCAAAUUCAUCUUCCACCCCCCUCGCCGCCAGUUAGAAUCUGCGUCAGCUUUUAUUUAACCGUGAAAAACACCCCUUUGGAGUUGACUAUCCCUUGUUAAAGGGAAUAUUCGCCGACUCGUACAUGAAGGGCAGUUAUUUAACUUUUUCUUGGUUGUGUGCAUUUCUGAAACGGAACAUCUAAGACGCGUAGGAUUGUGCGGCAGGUCUUCCAGUAACUCCAGUCGCUCCUCCCCAUCUCGACGCACACUGCCGUGUUUACCAAAUCGCGCUACACCUGCAGCGUGGAACGACCCUUGCAUGCGCACGGUGCGAAAGAAGUUCGAACGUGUGCACGGGGAAAAGGUUGAUGUAUGUAGCAAAGUGCUCUUAUCUACGUUCAAGCUUCAAGAUGUCUUCUUUGGUUCUUUCCGUAAAGUCACGUAGAAUGAGAAUAAAAUAAUAAAUAAUGAAAUCUAAAUAAAAUAACACCGCAAAUGCGUUCUACCCUCAGUGGACACGCAAUCUCAAAGAUCUGCCCUGCUUGUCACCCACCAUCUGCUCAGGUUUUCCCCUUGGUUAGAUUAGUGGAGACUGGAAUAUCUUUAUUUUACGUAUGCAUUGCCUACCCUGCAUUCUGUUUAGGUUGGCGUGUGAGAACUGGAGUUUGGGUCAUGUGGGGUUUUUUUAUGGAUUGGCAACUCCUCCAACGGCAUGAUUGUUGCCCGUGACACAUUUUUCAUCUGCCAGGUCAGUUGAUUAAUUAAUUAAAGUGGGUACUAUAAGGAAAACCCAGGCUGGGAUGUUCAUCGGAGUGUAAUGGGGGAGUCCCUUUCCACUUUUUGGAGCGCACUAACAAAGCUGACUGCUGUUUUACAUAAUAAAUGAAGCUUCUGCAGUAUUCAUUUAAAACAGUAGGGUAUAUAUUAAUGUUUUGUACUUUUUCGUUACCCACCGAGCAAACCACGGUAUUACAGAAAUCUGGUGUGUUUAUGAUAAUGCUGUAUAUGAAGGACAGUUAAAACUGUUUUGAAAACAGAAUCUUAAAGGUGUACACAGACCCAAAAUCCCUUCCGUUAUACAACUGGGUGAUGCUGUGGGAGAUUGGCAUGGACAUGGCCCAUGUCACGCGGGCAGCGGCGGUCAUUUGACCAUACAUCACGCUGGUUAAUGCGUGGUGGGAGGGUGCAUAGACGUUGGAGCAUAGUACGGUACAACAAUGAAUAUUGCUGCACUGUCCUCUGUUGACGUAGCCCUGCAAGCAGCCUAUAACACCUGUUUGAUCGUAUGGUGGUCACCCAUCAAGGCAAGAAGCCACCAACUUGACCGUGUCAGAGUGCAACGGUGAGUUAAGCGAUGCUGAAUAAAAACACAAAUCUACG